AAUCUCAUAUCAAGGUUAGAUUUAGAAUGUAACAAAUUGGUAAAUGAGUAUAGGUCAGCAUAAUGCUCUUAGAGAGCUCGGUAUCAUUGAUAGAUCGGACUAAAUACUGUUUUCAAAAUAUUGCAGAAUUGUAGCUCUGAUACUUAUUUAGUUUUUUUAUGACACUGUUGGUAAUCCCUGACACCAACCUUUUAUCGGCCUCGCUAUUCAGAUCAGUGCAUUUUCAGAUCAGUGGAUCAAAAAUAACGAUACAAGAUGAAGUAUCCGUAUGAAGAAGAAGAAACCAGAAUAAUGAGAUUUUACCAACUGAUAACAACAAAUAAAUAAAUAAAAUGUAGAUUUCAUUGAUUUUUGCAAAGUUUUUUUUGUGAGAUCGCUUUACGGUAUAACACUAAAGACAAAAUGGAUUUGCUUGGCUCCAUAUUGAGUAACAUGGAUGCUCCUCCGACUAACAAAAUUGACAAAGCAAAGCAAAAAAGACUGAAAGAACAGAAAGAGAAACUGGAAAGUCUGCAAGCAGAAGAAAAGCUUAAACGUGAUAAAUUUCGAGGCGAGAUAGAAAAAGAAGUAAAUGAUUUCAUGAAGAAUCUCGAUAAAAAACACCAUGAGUAUAAACCAAUGGAGAGUGUACAGAGGAGCAUUAUUCAUGAUGUUGCUGAAAUAGCUGGAAUAACUUCAUAUUCAUUUGGGGAAGAAGAAUUUGGCAGAUGUAUUGUCCUUUUCAAAAAAGAGUUUGCACCGAGUGAAGAAGAACUAACAAUCAUGAGAAACAGCAAGGAAUAUGACCCUGAAAAAGUUAAGCAAAUGUUACAAGAAAAGAAACGUAAAGCUGCUAGUGUCCAAACAAAGCCUGAAUCUAGGUCCGCACCAAAACGACCCAGAACAAAUUAUAAAGAGAAAUAUGAACACCUUAUUGGCAAAGAAAGUGGAAAGGAUAGUGCAAGAUUGACAGUUACCAAUAAAACUUUUGGAAACGUUCCUAGUGAAAACAAAAAGGAUCUGCGUUCCAUUGAGGAAACACUUAAUGAUAUCCGUGCGAAGAAACGACAGCGGAUGACAAAUGUUGACAACGAUGGAGAAAGUUCAAGUGAUGUUGCUGCAGAGUAGAGAACACAAAACAAUUUG